UAUAAGAAACUGUGUUUAAGUACACAGGGAAGUCUUUUUGCAUUUUUUAAACAACGGAAGUGACGCAGGCUAAAUUUUCCAAAGCCUUUUGGAAGCUUGAAAACUUUCCUGAAGACCUACUCGUACUCCCACUCUAAAAAGCUCAGUUCUGCCUGUGUCGGGUGCUGACCACACAAAGGGGUGGGCGUUGGCGGCUUGAGACCCACACCGACCCUCACUCCUUGUCGCAGCGCCAUCCCGCCGAUAAAACGCGCGCGCGCCCAGCCACGCGGUACCUGGGUGACAGCACGUGCGGCGCGAGACAGCAUCACCAUCAGCAGACGUCAACGACAACAGCGACGGAGGAAGAUCAGAAGUGGACUACGAUUUCAUUCGGAGACAAGAGAGUGUCAGUCUUAUAAGAAAACUGCCCACAGCUGCCAACUAACCCCUUGCAAACCUCGACUAACCCUGUGCUGUAGUUUGUGACUAAUUGUAAGGGGACAAUAAACUGGAGAAAGACUUUGUACAGGAAAAAAAAUCCUGAGCCAAAAUAUUUAUGAUUAUAGACACAGCAAACAUUUCCAGGACUUGUUAGGAAAGUUUAAUCAUUCAAUCCAGCUGUUUAGUGCUUAUGACUUUUUGUUACACAACCGAAAGAAGUCUCUUUGAAAGGACGACUGGCUGUUAGAAGCGAUAGCAUCUCCUGUCAACAGACGAUUCCACACGAGAAAAGUUCUGUCUCCGCCUGCAACCGCCAACUGCUCCGUCUGUCGAAACAUUGUAAAAAUUGAAGGUGACUAUUUGCACACGCCACCCGGGAGAACGCUAGUGGUGAUCCACCCGUAUCAAGCCGCUGGUCGCUACCCGCCAUUCGAGUACCCCAUCCAAAGUCCGUGAAAAUGACGACGAGGUCACAGGUCAUUCUAGUGCUGGCUGCCUGUGUUCUUACGCUCCACGUGCCUUGUCGUCGGGCCAUGUCUGUGGCAGAAAUGAAUGUCGACCUCCUGCCAGAUUUCGAUGUGUCGUUUCCAAGUUUCCCUAAAAGAGCUUCGACGGAAGUGGACGUGUGGUCGAUUUGCCCGCCUAAUAUGUCUGAUGUCGCCUGCUUCUACAGAUACCUACGAGUCUACGCCCUCCUCCGGAAGGCCGCCGAAGAAUCAGACCGCGUGUCCAUGAGGAACAUCGGCAAGCGAGGAGCAUCCUCCACAGACACCGCCUCCUUUGCUUCCAGGACACCCACCACGGCGCAUGCUUUGUGUCCGGAACACAUCUCGGUCUUGGAAUGUUACGACCUGAUGAAAAGCAUCUACGAUGCCAUCAUGGAGAACCUGCGCGACGAGGGCCUCCACUAACGGCCAUUUCGCUCUCGGCGUUACUGCAAGCGGCAACCGGGACUCGAUCCAGAACCUCCCUCACCCUCGGCAAGGACUACAAAACGUCAGCGGGACUGGGCAGAAGUGACCUUAAACUGGAUCGAAUAGAAAAAAUAACACUGAGUGACCUCUACUUGCACGACUGCCACCGGUCACGUGACACUGCAUACAAAGCUUGUUGACAGACAUCCGUUAUUUUGUGCACCUCCGUUGCAAUGUGUAUGAACCGUUUUAACUCUGAUUUCUUUCUUACACGAGGCGUUUAUGUCUUUC